UUGGUAGUACAUAUUAUGCUUCUAUAACUGCAAUUGCCAGUACAGUUAUUAACAGUUGCGAACUACUUGUAGAAUGAUAGUAAUGCUUUAACGGUUGAAAAGACUACUACUGCUGACUAGUUUCGUGCAAGGUACCCAUGGCCCGCUGGAUCGUUUGGAUGUUCUUGGUUACAACGCAGGUGUGGGCAGAACAGUCACGUAUUAUUAACGGGAAGGAUGCCGAACUGGGACAGUUCCCUUACCAGGCCAAAUUGAUUAUCGACAUGCCCGAAGGUCGCGCUUUAUGCGGAGGAAGUUUACUGAGUGAUGAAUGGAUUCUAACCGCGGGUCAUUGUGUAGAAAAGGCACGAUCAUUUGAGGUAACACUAGGGGCCGUAGACUUCAAGGACCAGGGGAAUGAUGGACGAACGGUGCUCAACGCAACGGAAUACACACGUCAUCCAGACUAUGAUGGAGACACGAUUUCUAACGAUGUGGCGCUGAUAAAACUGCCUGAGAAAGUUCAGUUUAGUGAUCGGAUUAAACCCGUAGCGCUACCUACCGGUCAUGACAGUUAUGAUCGCCGAAUGGCCGUCGUGAGCGGAUGGGGGAAGCAAAGGGAUGUGAUGGGUGGAGCGGCUCGGAGGUUACAAUAUGCCACGUUGAAAGUGAUUAAAAACAAUGAAUGCAGGCUGUUGUACGGACCGGCGGUUCAAUCGACGACACUCUGCUGCCGUGGUGAAAAUCGGCAGUCCACCUGCAACGGAGAUUCCGGUGGUCCGCUAGUACUGGAGGAUGACAAAAAGCUAAUAGGUGUGGUCAGUUUUGGUCAUGCCAUUGGAUGCGAAAAAAUGCUGCCGGUUGCUUUCGCUAGGGUUACGGAGUACACCGAGUGGAUUCAGGAAACGACGGGAAUCACGGCCGAACAGGGAGGGGAACAACCAGCGGAAAACAACUGAAUAAAGCGAUUCUCAUAUCUUCUAUUACUGUUUUCACCGUUUAACACCGUUUAAGCUCAAUGUUUGUAAACUUUAUAGCGAAUCUGUUUAAAAUUAUAUAUAAU